AUGUCAGAAAGGGCCGGCAAAAAAACUUCCCUCAGCCGCCAGGAGGGUUCCAGUGCAGAGGUUGCCGACAGACCUUCGGGGUCGAGCACCUCUGUAACAGCUUCGCCUUCAUUGAAGCCCAAAGGUGUGAAAUUGAGAAAAAACAAAUCUAGGCCUCAAAUGAAGAGACUUCUGUCCGCACAGUAUAAGUUGAUUUAUUCUGUGGAUGACGAUAUCAACGAAGAAUUGGAAGACGAUGAAGAGCUGGAAGAUUUGACCAAGACGGAGAAAAAGUACUUAGAGGGUUACCAUGAUGCAUUGAAACUCCUACAUCACCAUAAAAAGACUAAGUUGACAGAGCCAGGACGCAGGGCCGGGCCCAUUGAGGAAGAUGAAGAAGAACCCGAUCGACUCCGGCUGAGCCAGAUUUUGGACGAUGUCGAGAAUAACACAAUUGGACUCAGCGACGAUGACACCGACAUUGCUGACGAAACCGCCCAACAGGAUGGAGACAAUUCCGACAAUGAGUCAGCAAAAUCCACGAGCCUGAAGGAGACAAUUGAGUCGUUGAAUCUUAAGGACCGUCAGGAGGCCAUCAACACUACGCAUCCUUUCGGUAUCAAGAUUUGGAAGCCUUCUAUUUACAAAAAGAAUCGCUCUGUGGCUGUCAGAGCAGAGGAAGAUAUUCAUGACUACGACCCCAGACGUCCAGCUGGCCGGAUUUAUUGGGGUGUUCACUUGACAAACUUUAUCUGGUGCUUAACCUUUGGACUCUUCUUGUAUGCCUUGUGUGUAUUGGGAGCAGUUUUCGUAUAUGUCAUGUCUGGAUUUGGCUGGAACAAGAAUCUGAAACCGUACGCUCAAUUACUCCUUAAAUUGGGCCGCUUCUUCCUCUUUCCCUUCCGGAAAUUCGUUCUUCUCAAUAAGGACGAGAAUUACCUUGACGAGGAUGAGUUGGACGGUAGAUCCAUCUCAGAAUUCCACCGCUGGAGAUUGCAGGAGGAGGGCCGCUUAUUUUUUGCUCCUCCUCGCAGAAUGACCAAUUCCGAGUCCAAACCUUUGUUGAAGGACCACAAGGGUAGACCCUUGAGGGACGCGUACUCGUCCUUAGGAGACGAUCAACAGGGUGUAGAUGCCGAAAGUGCUGUUGAUGAUAAUAACGAUGGCGACUCUCCGACUGAACUCGAUAACAACGACAUCAAAGUGAGAUUCUUUGGAAGAGGCAGAUGGUCCGUGGGUCGUUUGUUUUUCUAUCUUUUCUUCUACGGUAUUCUCCAGCCAAUUCUUUUUGUGAUUCUGAUCCUCGGAUGGUUGUUUGUUUUUACUAUUCCAAUGGCCAACCUCAUCAGCAUCCUUUGUGACCAUUUGAGAAGAAGACCACUUGCUCUCCAUUUUGAACUUGAAGAAAGCUAUUACCGCAAAAUCGCUGAUCCGAAAUUGAAGAAGUUCUACAAGAACCAGUCCAUCAUUCUUUGUACCUAUAGAUGUUGCGGAUUGCACUACUAUAAGUAUACUAUUGAUGGAACCAACAUCUUUUUUAUCAACUUAUUGGUGGUUGUGUUUUUCGUCAUCUUGGACUUCUUCCUUUUGAAAGAAACCUUGGGAUGGGAAAAAUGGUACACCGACUCAUCGUUUUUGUUCUGUGGCUGCUUGUUUUCAAUUGUUCCAUUGGCUUAUUUUAUCGGUCAAGCUGUGGCAUCCAUCUCUGCUCAAUCUUCGAUGGGCGUUGGUGCUGUUAUCAACGCUUUCUUCUCCACUAUCGUGGAAAUUUUCUUGUAUUGUGUUGCAUUGAACCAAUCCAAGGGUAAGCUUGUGGAGGGUUCUAUGAUUGGUUCCAUUUUAGGAGGUGUUCUUCUCUUGCCUGGCCUCUCGAUGUGUGGAGGCGCCUUGAAAAGAAAAACACAAAGAUACAACCCCAGGUCCGCUGGAGUUUCCUCUACUAUGCUACUCUUCGCAAUGGUAACUAUGUUUGCCCCCUCAUUGUUUUACCAGAUGUAUGGUUCCUACGAGAUUCGUUGCAAAUCCUGCGAUGCAUCCAGCUAUUCAACUGGGGCUGAGUGUACCACCUGCCGUUUUAUCCAGCCUUCGUUGACUUUGGACAAGCUCUACCUUAGUGUUCUUCGCCCAUUCUCAAUGAUUGUCGCAGUGAUUUUGUUCGUUGCGUACGUUUGUGGAUUAUUUUUUACUUUAAGAACACAUGCAUCGUUGAUUUGGGCAACUAACUCCCAUGAACAAGCUGCUAUACAAGCGAGAAAGGAUAGUUUACCAGCGACUCCUUUGAAAUCACCAAGUAUCGUGAGCAUUGACCACAUUCCAUUAUUGAAAUCCAGAAGUAUUGAACUUCCACCGAAGAAACCCGCUGUGCCCACGACAGCGCUUCAAGAAAUCAAUAAGGCGAAGAUUUUAUUGACUCCAAAAGUCAGUGCUCGUGCAUCGCCACAACUUCAGGCAAAAGAUCCAGAGUUUCUGGCUGACACUGGAGAAGAAGAGGGAGGGCACGACGCCCCCAAUUGGUCUAAUUACAAAUCAACAGUCAUUCUUUUGGGCGCAACAUUACUUUAUGCAAUUAUUGCCGAGAUUUUGGUUGACAAUGUUGACGCCGUGCUUUCUAAUUUCCCCAUCAAUCCUAAGUUCUUAGGUUUGACGGUUUUCGCCCUUGUCCCCAACACUACCGAAUUUGUCAACGCUAUUUCCUUUGCUGUGGGAGGGAAUGUUGCACUUUCAAUGGAGAUUGGUAGUGCGUACGCGUUGCAAGUUGUAUUAAUUCAGAUUCCAAGUUUGGCGGUGUUUUCUGUUCUCAAAGGUUUCACCAAUGUGGAACAAAUCUUUUCGUUAAUCUUUCCGCGUUGGGACAUCAUCGCCACAUUAAUCUCCAUUUACCUUUUCACUUACAUCUAUGCCGAAGGAAAGUCGAACUAUUUCAAGGGAGUAAUCUUGAUUUUGAUAUAUGUGGUAGUAUUGGUGGGCUUCUACUUGGACGAUGUUGUAGCCGACCUAGACGAUGGAUUUGGAGUUUCAGCGUCAAUAUUUGCUCAGCUUCUUUCACGCUAG